GAAAAACGUCGCAGUAGACUGCCCAGAAAACACACGCUCAAGAGCACCAGAACGAAACGGGCUCAUAUCCGACCUUACUUUCAUUUUCCUUCUUUCCAUUCCACACCUCAACCAAACGCCAAUCGACAUACCACGCUCAGCCCAGCUGCAACCACCUCAAGCAAACAAGCAAACAAGCAAACAAAACAACAGACCAACGAAAGAUGUCGCCACCACCAUCCACCCGCAUCCUGUGUACGGAACCGCCGACCGGGGCACUCGCGUCCCCCCUCUGGACACCAUUCCACAGGGAUCUCGUCGCCAGGAUGAAAGCCCACGCCACCGUCCCCACCCGUCCUAUACCAUCUGCGGACUUUCUAGUACUCUCAUUUGAACCAUCGAUGGUCACAGCCACGUUCGCCUUCAUUUGCCUGUCCAGCACUCAGGACAUGGACGCGAUCCUACUGAACGAGAUCAAUAGGAUACUUUAUUGCAUCCAGCGAUAUGGAGCCCAUCAAACAGCCAUUCUUCUGAUGAUCCAGCCUGGCCACGCAUCGUGUCUCCAGACCCUCGAGUCCUUUCUCUUGAACAAAAUUGUCCCAGACACGCUCACGGGCCUUAACUUAUCUACUAUGGUUGCGUCCACUAUUGGGGCCCCAUCCCGUCAAUCACUGCACACUCGACCUUCCGGAUUGUCUCUGGACACAUCUGCACUAAACAUGCCUCAUCUCGCGGUGUGUCACUCUUGCGCGGAUGCAUCAGAUAUCUUAACUCACCUCCUAGACCAAGCCAAGGCUCACUCAUCCCCUGUCAACGCGCCUCUGUUCCGUUCUACGAGUCUUCUUCGGACACAGAACCAGCAACCGGAUGCUCGAAAUCCGUUCAAUCCUGAGUCUCAUUCGUUACUGCAAGAUCCAGGGCUUACCUGGUUAUCCAUCCCAUUAUCGACACGAGACGGCCCAGCCUUGACAAUCCAAGAUUGUCAACGAUUGCGGACAGGUUUGAGCACGAUUCAGAACGUGGCACUGGCAUCUUCAAGCCAACUUCAGGACAGCUGCCUGAUCAGCAACACCCUAGCCAAAUCCAUCGAGGCUUUCUUCGAGACCGAUCAGCCAAUAUAGCAUGCAAACCAGCACAAAGUUACGGUUUUUCAAGUUCAAACAUCAUUUAUGAU